AUGGGCCGUCGUCAGCGAGCCCCCCCCCCCAGCGGAUGUACUUCCCUCCUUUCUCCCCUCCACACCAGCAGGUUCUCCUUCUUCAACCUCACCCACCCCCGUACUCUCCAAAGCCUUCCACCAUCGAGCCCGUCCCACGACUCUUCCUCCAUCACUCACGCAAACUUUUCCCGAAACGUGAGCCUCGACCGCCGCUGCCCCCCGUCUCCUUUCGACCUUCCUGCUAAAUUUCGUCCCCAACCAGCCGUCAACCGCACUCAACAGCCAUGGAGGGUACGUUCCGUGCCCGUGACACCGCACCUGCAUCCCCUUCCCCCCCAUGCCGCGCGUCCGACCGUCGUCGGAUCCAUGGCCUUUCCGUUGCUGAUCCAUCUCGUGGCCGCAGAAGAAGUUGCCGCCCUCGUCAUCGACAAUGGUUCGGGCAUGUGCAAGGCCGGCUUCGCCGGUGAUGACGCCCCCCGAGCUGUUUUCCCUUCCAUCGUCGGUCGCCCUCGUCACCAUGGCAUCAUGAUCGGCAUGGGCCAAAAAGACUCGUACGUCGGCGACGAGGCCCAGUCGAAGCGAGGCAUCCUCACCCUCCGAUACCCCAUCGAGCACGGUGUCGUCACCAACUGGGACGACAUGGAGAAGAUCUGGCACCACACCUUCUACAACGAGCUGCGCGUCGCUCCCGAGGAGCACCCCGUCCUCCUCACCGAGGCGCCCAUCAACCCCAAGUCCAACCGUGAGAAGAUGACGCAGAUCGUCUUCGAGACGUUCAACGCGCCCGCCUUCUACGUCUCCAUCCAGGCCGUCCUGUCCCUGUACGCCUCGGGCCGCACGACGGGUAUCGUCCUCGACUCCGGCGACGGCGUCACCCACGUCGUCCCCAUCUACGAGGGUUUCGCCCUGCCCCACGCCAUUGCCCGCGUUGACAUGGCCGGCCGCGAUCUCACCGACUACCUCAUGAAGAUCCUCGCCGAGCGCGGCUACACCUUCUCCACCACGGCCGAGCGAGAAAUCGUCCGAGACAUCAAGGAGAAGCUCUGCUACGUCGCCCUCGACUUUGAGCAGGAGAUCCAGACGGCCGCUCAGAGCUCGAGCCUCGAGAAGUCGUACGAGCUUCCCGACGGCCAGGUCAUCACCAUCGGCAACGAGCGAUUCCGCGCCCCCGAGGCUCUCUUCCAGCCCUCGGUCCUGGGCCUCGAGAGCGGCGGCAUCCACGUGACGACGUACAACUCCAUCAUCAAGUGCGACGUCGACGUCCGAAAGGAUCUCUACGGCAACAUCGUCAUGUCUGGUGGCACCACCAUGUACCCCGGUCUCUCGGACCGUAUGCAGAAGGAGAUCACCUCGCUGGCCCCCUCGUCGAUGAAGAUCAAGAUCAUCGCCCCUCCCGAGCGAAAGUACUCGGUCUGGAUCGGUGGUUCCAUCCUGGCCUCGCUGUCCACCUUCCAGCAAAUGUGGAUCUCCAAGCAGGAGUACGACGAGAGCGGCCCCUCGAUCGUCCACCGCAAGUGCUUCUAA